AUCAAGAACACAUAUGAGUGGUAACUAGAUUGUGGUUUAUAAAACUAUAUACAAUUAUCAGAGAUGGCGCUAGAGGUAAAAUCACAGCACUAUGCAACGCUCAAAAUAGUAGCGUUUUUUGCCUUUAUAACCAUUUUAACGGCGACCAAGGUGAAGGGACACGAUUAUGGCAAGGCCUUGUCUUAUAGUAUCCUGUUUUUUGAGGGCCAGAGGUCCGGUAAGCUGCCCCCUAACCAACGUGUACUAUGGAGAAAUGAUUCUGCUCUUGAUGAUGGCUUUGAAGGGAAGGUGGAUUUGGAAGGCGGAUACUAUGAUGCUGGAGACAAUGUAAAAUAUAGUUUUCCAAUGGCAUUUACCACCACAAUGUUGGCAUGGAGUGUGUUGGAAUACGAAGAAGACAUGAGUAAGGAUGAGUUGCCCCAUGCACUUGAGGCAAUACGCUGGGCAACGGACUUUUUGUUGAAGGCUACAAACAAACAUGGUGUUGUGUUUGCUAUGGUUGGUGACCCAAAUGCAGACCACAACUGUUGGGAAAGGCCCGAAGAUAUGGACACUCCUCGUACCGUUUACCAGGUCAAUGAAACGUCUCCGGGCUCUGAGGUUUCUGCAGAGAUUGCUGCCGCCUUGGCAGCUGCUUCUUUGUCUCUCAAUGAUUCCGAUCCUCACUAUUCCCAUCGUCUCCUUAAAAGGGCCCGCCAGGUUUUCAAAUUUGCUGAUAAAUUCAGAGGUUCAUACAAUAAUAGCAUUAAAGAUGUUUGUCCCUUCUACUGUGAUUAUAGUGGGUACCAGGACGAGUUAUUAUGGGGAGCCGCAUGGCUCUAUAAAGCCACAAAAAAGGAUAAAUAUUGGGAAUAUGUGAAGCAGAACAUAAAUAAUAUAACGACGAACGGAAGUACGUUUGGAUGGGAUAGCAAGCACCCUGGUAUAAAUGUCCUCAUCUCCCAGUAUGUUUUAAGUAGCGAUGGCAGCACAGAUAAAAUCCCUUUCAUUCCCAAUGCGGAUGCCUUCGUGUGCGCCGUUCUUCCCGAAUCGCCUAAUAAAGUUGAGAAUUUCACAUCUGGUGGAAUCUUAUACCAUAAAGAUCUAAUGGGGAACUUGCAAAGUCCUAUAGCUUUGUCGUAUCUCAUACUUACAUAUGGAAGGUACUUGGAGAGAUACAAUAGUACUGGUGUCCAGUGUGGAGAGCUUCUCUUUCCGGGUUCUAAGCUUAUAGAUUUUGCAAAAUCCCAGGUGGACUAUGUUCUGGGAGAUAAUCCGAUGAACAUGUCCUAUAUGGUAGGAUAUGGUGAGAAGUAUCCACAAAGAAUACACCACAGAGCAUCAUCAAUGCCCUCCAUUCAAAAGCAUCCAGAACACAUUGGUUGUAAAGAUGGGACUAUAUAUUUCAACAGUUCAAGCCCUAACCCAAACUUGCUGCUAGGAGCAGUGGUUGGAGGACCUAAUGAUGGAACUGACAAUUUUAUAGAAGAUAGAAUGGAUGCUGGGAAAUUGGAGUGUGCAACUUAUAUUAAUGGACCACUAGUUGGUCUUUUAGCUUAUUUUAAAGCAAACCACUACUCCACUAGCAACACACUACUAGCUAGCUAGCGUCUUUAUUUGAUGAUUUUGAUCAUUUGAUGACCCAAAGUUAUUAGGAGCUUUAUACUGGCAUUACAAAAAGUAACGAGAUUGACACGGAUUAAUUGGUAAUUCUGUGUCAAAUAGCUCACAAUAAAACGAUGUUGGCACAAAUUUAAUUAGCAUGUUCGUGUCAAAUCUGUGUACACACAUCACACUUGAUAAAUUGGCAUCGUAGAUAUGUACGAUGCCAUUUAAAUCUUACUCCAUAUAUGUUUAUGAUUAGUAUUUUGUUGAGGCUACAUCCUUUUUGUUGCG